AAUAAUGGUCGGGGUUGUCUGGGCUUAGGCUACGGAGUGUCAUAUAAGACACCGCAAGUUAUACCACAAUUAUGUGAUAAAAAUAUUCAGGAGUUUAUCAAUGGCUGGGACUUUGUGCUGGCUAUCAAUCACAUGAAUCAUGUGUUCAGUUGGGGUCACAAUGAUCGGGGACAGUGUGCUAGAGAUGUGAUACGACUGAAGUCCGAGAUGCGUAUACAAGAUGUGUAUUUAAAACCGCAGAAUAUAUCCGAUUUGAAUGAUAAUAAUAUAACGCAUCACUCCCUGGCCCUCACCACCGAUGGACAGGUGUACGGGUGGGGCAAUAAUUAUAGGGGACAAAUUGGAAGAGACGAUAGUUUUGAAAAUCAUUACAAAAAAACGUUUGCCGAGUUGUCGGCUAUAGGGUCGGGUGGUUUUGGAACAAUUUAUGCCGUCAAAAGAGUCGAGUUUCAAAUUCGUUCCGAAUAUGUGGUCCAGUAUUACAACUCUUGGUCCGAAAGCAAACACCUCUACAUUCAGAUGGAGUUCUGUUCACAGAAUUUAAGAAAUAUUCUUGAAGUGAAACCACAAAUAUUUGGGAGAAAGACAGGAGAAGCCAUGAAUUGUGUCGAAGACCUCAAACCCGAAAACAUAUUGAUUGCCAAAAAUGUAAGGAACGGUAGAUUUAUUAAGUUAUGUGACUUUGGGUUGGCUGUUGAGCACCAGAAGUGGAAGUGAACUGGUUAAAUAUACAAACACAUCACUACACGAAAGCAUUAAUAAUAUACUAGGUGUUUUUAAUUUAAUGAUUAACUACGGAUC